CCACCCUCUUUCCACGAAUGUGUCGACUUUUUUUAAUGUGUUUAUAAAUUUCGUGCCCGUAUCUUAGGUUCUUCAUGGAUUUUGAUGGACGGUAUAGACGGAGGCAUCAUAAUUUGCGCAGCCAUCGGUGGUGCGGCCAUCGGUAUGAUAAUACUGGUGCUUCUUCUGCAGACGAGAAGGAAGGAAGAACACGUUGAAGCAAUCCAGUGGGUGAAGAGUACUCAAGGAACCAAGGAAAUCAAGUCAGAACAUACUACUCGAAGGUAUGGCAAUGUCCACAUCUCCACCUUCGAGGGGACGGUUCCAAGAAUGAGGUUGAACAAUCUACUGAAAGCUACAAACAAUUUUAGCAAAGACAACAUUAUCGGAUCAGGAAGAGCAGGAACCGUCUACAAGGCGAUGCUUCUUGAUGGAUCUUCCCUUGCAAUUAGGAGGCUUCAUGAUUCUGAAUAUUCCCACAAGGAAUUCAUGUCUGAGAUGACCAUGCUGGGUUCCCUAAAACACCGUAACGUGGUUCCUCUUCUGGGUUUUUGCAUUGCCAGAAAUGAGAGGCUUUUAGUAUACAAGUACAUGCCCAAAGGAACUCUUUAUCAGCAGCUACAUGAGAGACACAUGGAAUGGCCUCUGCGGCUGAAAAUUGCAAUUGGGGUGGCGAGAGGCCUUGCAUGGCUUCACCACCAAUGCGAUCCUUGCAUAAUUCACCGCAAGAUAAGCUCCAAACGCAUCCUCUUGGAUGAAGAUUACGAGCCAAAAAUAUCCAAAUUCAGAUCCGUCGGGCUUAUGCAUCCGCUCGGCACCCAUCUGAGUGUUCAUGUAAAUAUCAAAACUAAUGAUAUGGGUUUUUCUGCUCCUGAAUUCGGAAGCAAGGUUGUGGCCAGUCGAGCUGGGGAUGUAUACAGCUUUGGUGGAGUGCUGCUCGAGCUGAUUACAGGCGAAAAACUUACUGAAGCAGCAAAUGCCCCAAAACGCUUGCAGGGGAAUCUGGUGGAGUGGAUUACUGAACUUAAAAAUGCUUAUCUUCUCAGCCAUGCCAUCGACAGGUCUUUGAUGGGAAAGGGUUGUUAUAACGAGCUCGUUCAGUUUCAGAGAGUUGCAGUUGAUUGCAUUGCGUUUGAUCUGGAGGAGAGGCCUACAAUGCUUGUAGUAUACCAGCUUCUUCAAUCUAUUGGAAAGAGAUACCAUUUCAUAGACGAAGAUGAGAUGCAACGGCCACAGAUAUGUAUCGACGUCGAUGGCCCAGAUGAACUUAAUGUGAGGCAGCAAAUACAGGAAAUUCAGCAGAACGGUUUGAAUUUGAGAAGAAUUAUAGUCGACGCCAAAGUAAGAAAAGUGGCAUCAUUUUAGUCUUUGAAUUCUGCAUAUUAGAGAAAUCUUCUUUUGUAUAUUGAGAAUGUUUGUAUGAUUGAUGAAAA